ACCAAGAACCAGAAGCGGGCGCGGGCGGCCGCCCAGCAGCGGGCCCAGGAGCAGUUCACCUCCGUCCCUCACUCCUUCGUCUUCCACCGCGGGCGCGUCGGCCGGAGCCUGCAGCAGCUCAUCCUGGACGUGCGGCGGGUGAUGGAGCCAUUCACAGCCAGCACCCUGCAGGUACGGAAGAAGAACUCGCUGAAGGAUUUUGUGGCGGUGGCGGGGCCCCUGGGCGUGACGCACUUUCUGGUCUUCACCAAAUCCCCCACCAACGUCAACUUUAAACUCGUCCGUCUCCCGGGAGGCCCAACACUGACCUUCAAAGUCACACAGUACUCGCUCAUCAAGGACGUGGUGUCCUCCCUGAAGCGCCACCGCAUGCACGAGCAGCAGUUCACGCACCACCCGCUGCUGGUGCUCAACAACUUCGGCCUGCAGCAGAUGCACAUCAAGCUGAUGGCCACCAUGUUCCAGAACAUGUUCCCCUCCAUCAACGUGCACAAGGUCAACCUCAACGCCAUCAAGCGGUGCCUGCUGAUCAGCUACAACUCGGACUCCCAGCUUCUGGACUUCCGGCACUACAGCCUGAAGGUGGUGCCUGUGGGGGCGAGUAAAGGCCUCAAGAAGCUGCUGCAGGAGAAAUUCCCCAACAUGAGCCGGCUGGAGGACAUCAGUGAGCUGCUGGCCAAGGACAUUAACCUGUCGGAGAGCGAGGCCGAACAGGACGGGACCCACAAUAUCCUGGAGCUGCCCCAGGCAUAUGCGGGCCGGGGGAACAUGAAGGCCCAGCAGAGCGCUGUGCGUCUCACUGAGAUCGGGCCCCGAAUGACCCUGCAGCUCAUCAAGGUGGAGGAAGGGUUGAACCAGGGCAACGUGCUCUACCACAGCUUCAUUCUCAAGACGGAGGAGGAGCUCCGGGCGGCCCUGGCCAGGAAGGAGGAGCGGCUGCGGCUGAAGGCAGAGCGGCGCCGCAGGCAGGAGGCCGACGUGCAGCGCAAGAAGGAGCAGCGGGAGGCCCACAGGAAGCAGAGCCUGGCCGGGAUCAGGAGGAAGCAGCAGCAGGGGGAGGAUGGUGACAGUGGAGCCGAGGAUCCUGGGAUGCCGGCGGACCAGGACCUGGCCAACCAAUCAGACGACGACGCAGAAUAUUACCGGCAGGAAGUGGGCGAGGAGCCCGACGCAGAUCUGUUCCCCAAAAGCACUAAGAGGAAACACGGGCCCCUGCACUCCCCUCAGCCCAGCAAGAGACUCAGAACCAGCCAGCCGGGGGAGCAGCUUGCCAGCCGCAAGGCGAAGCACAGGAGACCCCCUGGCCAGCCGCAGAGGGGCGGGCGCAGCCCCAGGCAGCAGAGGGAGCUUGGGAACUCUCAGAGGCCUGGCCAGCAGAAGGACCCACGGAGCCCUAAGGGCCGCGGGCAGCAGCGAGGAGCACGGAGUCCAAAGCUGAAAGGACCCAGGCAUCCGGCGCAGCAGGGAACCAAGCGAGGCCCUAGGCUCAAAGGGCCAGGGAAGCCAGGGCUGCGGAGGAAGCAGGCAGCCCGGGGGCAGGGGGGGCGCCAGAGGCCCCGGGCCCCCAAGAAGGGGCAGCACUAGCCCCCCCCCAGGACAUCUACCUUAUUCAUAGACUGGGGGAACGGGGGUGGGGGCUGGCUGUUCAAUAUACCACUCUGCAUUGCU